AUGAAGCGACUGACUUUUUGCCUAUUGCCACUCCUCCCCCUGGCGGCCGGCUUUCGGAUAAAACGCGAAUUUAUGUACGUAAACGCCGACAACCCGUCAGAUGCCGAUUGUUUUCAGCAAUGCAACGAAAAAUACGUGAGCGACUUUGAGUACAGCUUCAACAUCUCCACCGACGACUUCUACGACUUUCCCCUCCAUCCAUUGAUUCUAGAGCACUCGUCCUAUUUGUUGUUCUGCAAAUUAGCCAGCGACAAGACGAAAUGUUAUAUGGAUCGGUGUAAUGACAAGACAUCCGACGUGGUGUUCUCGCCGUCGAAUUUUAUCUGUGACUUCCGGCGGAAGUUGUUUUUGGAGGCCCGUCCCUGCCUUUCCGAAGCGGAACCGAUUACGUUCCUAAAAUGCGACCAGGAAUGCCAUACGGCGUUGCACAACGAGAAUUCGAUACGAAAUAAUUCGCUGUUUCGGGUAGAAGAAGUUGACGGCUAUGAAGAUGCGCUAUCGACACUCUGCACAUUCCAAAGCUGCUACCUCGAUUGUGCACUUCCGGUUAUUACCGAGGUGUGCAAGGCCGACGGGGCAAAGCUCGCGGCCGAUUUGCUGACGACAUUUGUGCACUGGCACGCAAACGACAUCUACGAAUGGCACGUCGUCUCGGACCGACUGCCGACGCUGCCGGCCAGCUGCUCCCGGCUGGCCGAUCACAAACCGGAAAAACCGGCCGAAAUCCAGCAGGCCGUCAAGUUA